AUGCCGGAACUUUUGUUUGUAAACAAAAACCAGUCGUCCGGCAUCCUGACGCGUAGCAAGGCGGGCGAGAAAUCUCGCAUCCUCCGGCACGUGCAAAACCGCCGGCGCAAAGAUGAAGCCCGCAAGAAGCUGGAAGCACAGAUGGCUCAGCCAUCGUCUUUGUCCGCCGCCAUAGCCUCCUCCGAGUUCUGGGCCUCCCGCCAAACCCAACAACCCAACAGCGACGACGACUACAUGGCAAAAUCUGACUCCGGGUGGAGGGGCAGCGGGGUUGGAAGCAAUCGAAGCACGACGUCUCUCGUGUUAUUCUACCCAACCCACAACAGCAGCGACCCUUUCUACAGUACCGUAGUCGGCCGCGACGCCGGGUCGCACGCCAUGCUGCAGCUAUCCUUUGGCAAAGGCGUCAAGAUGACCUUUCUCGCCGAAGCCUUCGCGCCAACCAACAUCUUUCCCCCCUCAACCUCCAUGCGACACGACAGCGUGAUCCAGCACCGCCUCCAACGCUGCAUUGAAGAUGAUCUCCUCAUGUACGCCACCCUCGCAUACGGCUCGAGCUGCGCGGCAUGGAUGUUUGGCAUCCUUGACGACGAACGACCACCCGAAUAUUUCAUCGGCAAAGCCGCCCGCCAAGCGCAACUCCGGCUGGCGAACCUCCAGGGGGAUGAUACAAAAGCCGGUCGUGUGGCUGAUAAGCAGUGGUUCGCGCUGUCCAUCUACGCGCUCGCCAUCACCGAGAUGUGGAACCACAUGCCCGAGCUGUGGGCGAGGUGUCCACCGCGACAGGCCCUGGCGAUGCGAAUCGGCAACCCCGGCAGCCAGGAGACAGCACGCACCCACCUCCGGGCGCUGGUACACUUCGUCCAGGAAGCAGGCGGGUGGGGUGUGUUUGACCCGUACGUCCUGGAAAGCUCGUUGCUGGCCGACAAAUACCUUGCCCUGUGGGAGAUGGCGCCUCCCAUCAUCCCCCUGACGUUUGAUCCGGGUCCGCUUCCCGAGGCACUACGAAAAGUCCUCACGCGGCUGCAUGUGCAUGCAGGUAGUGCGGCGCUGAGCCGGCUGGGACAGAACUUUCUCAACCAUUCAUGUCUUGACGCCACCCUCCGCGUCAUCCUCGCCGAUGUUGCCGACUACGUGCACAUCGCCCGGGGUGCGUGGGCGGAGCUUUCCGUGAUGUCGUCGUCGUUGCAGUCGUGGCUGUUUCUGCGGUUACAGGCGCUGUUCUACCGGCUGUUGCUGCUUGAUAGCCUGCGACCGGUUGACGAGGCCGUGCAGCUGACGGCUUUGACGUUCCUGCUUGCCACAACACAGUAUCAUGGUGCUCGCCUGUCGGCAGAGUCAAAGCCGUGGCGGAUACGGUCGGCGAUGUUGAAUGCCAGAUAUUGGGAUAAUGGAGAGUUUACGGAUGGGCUACGGUUUUGGUGUCUUGCCACUGCUGCCAUGUCGGCUAAGGGACCGACUCAGAAGGAGUGGUUUGUUAGCCGGAUUGUUGAGUUGGUGGAUGGUGAUGGGGUGCGGUUCUCUGACGGG